AUGAAGCUCACUCUCCCCCUCACCGUCUCCCUCUCCCUCCUCGCCUCCCUCGCCAUCGCCUCCCCGACCCCUCUCAACACCGACAACACCCUCGCAGCCCGCGAACACUCGGGCCACCUUAUUGCUGCCCGCAACGUCGCCGCUGCCGCCCACGUGGCGGACUACGUCCUCAAGCGACAGGAGGAUGCGCCCGCUGACAGUGGUGCCACGACCGGCGAUGGGAGCGAUGAUGGGAGCGACGAUGGGAGCGACGAUGGGAGCGACGAUGGGAGCGACGAUGGGAGCGACGAUUCCUCGUCGGAUGACUCGGGCACGUCUGAUACAGACUCUGGCGACGAUGGCUCGGACGGUUCUUCGGCUUCUGCGACGGACUCUUCUGCCGACGACGGAAGUGCUGAGGCGACCGAUUCGACUUCGGACGACGGAAGUGCCGAGGAAACCGACUCGAGCCCUGAAGAUGGUACCGGCGAGGCGACUGCCAGUGCGACCGACUCUUCUGAGGGUACCGAAGAGACCGCUUCUAGUAUCGCCGAAGGCUCCUCUAGCGCCGCGGCCACGACUUCGGCCAACACUGCCAGGUCUUCCGGCUUGACCAGGUACAACACCACUACAAGGGCCUCGUCCAGUGUCGUCGGCACUUCGGCUGCUCAGACUACCGGAGCCGCCUCCUCUUCUUCCGCCUCUUCCAGCGCCGGCCAGCUCGGUGCUGCCAUCCCUGCUGGUUUCAGUGGUCUCUCCUUCCUCUCUUUGGCCCUCGCUGGCGGUCUUGGAGCCGCUCGAAUCCUCUUCUAG